AACACGUGUAAUCAGAGUACGGUAAACGCAUUCCACUGACUGUGGGGCCCGCCAGCUUGUGUUCCCGUCUCGGACCCACCAGCCAGUGUCUCAUCCGUAAGCCACCGUACCGACUUCGCUUCAUCUUCCGCCUCCCGCGAACCGCGAUGCUUCUCGGCUGCACAGCAUAUUCCUUUCCCCCCACCACCGCCCGCUCCCCACUCCGCCACUCGCCGCCUCUGACGCCGCUUCCCCGUCUCGUGCUCCGACCUCACCGCCAGUCAGUCGCAGUCCGCAUGGACCCCACCGACCAGUCGCCGGAGGAGGUGUACUCCGUGUGGGCCCUCCCGCCGGAGCCCGUCCGCGACCGUUUCCGCCGCAUCAUGGAGGGCCUCCGCGCCGCGUACGGCGGCCCCGCCUUCCAGCCGCACGCUACCGUUGUCGGUGACUUCCGCGGCCGCCGCUCGGAAGCCAUCAAGGUGCUCCGCGCCGCCGCCGCCUGCGUCCAACCCUACACUGCCCGUGUCACGGGGGUUGCCCGUGGCAGCUUCUUCUACCAGUGCGUCUACCUCCUGCUCGAGCCCACCCCCGAGGUGGUGGGAGCGAGCGAUCACUGCUGUGCCCGCUUCGGUUACAAGAGAAAAACUCCAUACAUGCCACACGUCAGCCUCUUAUACGGAGACCUUACAGAUGAGGAGAAGGAGGAGGCAAGGAAGAAGGCAGAGGAGCUGGACAAGGAUAUCUGCGGAUUAGAGUUUGAGAUCUCUGAGCUUGCGCUCUAUAGAACGGAUACCGCAGAUAAAAGCUUGGAGUCAUGGGAAUUGGUGGAGGUGUGCCAUCUUGAGAAGAAGUGAUUAGUUUAAGCUUGGAGUCAUGGGAAUUGGUGGAGGUGUGCCAUCUUGAGAAGAAGUGAUUAGUUUCCUCUCCAUGGUGACUCUACUGUAAGUUAACUCUGGAAUUUGUAAUGCUUUGUAGUGUCUUGUUGACUACUUUCUAAGCAACUGGUAUGGCAUAAUACUUUCAAUGGGAAUAAGGAAUAAUGUGCUGUGCUAUUCUGAUACAGUAAGGAAUAAUGUACAAUCUGUGAUGCUCUGUUAGUUUCCCAUGAGAUAUACUUUGGAUUAUUCA